ACGUAAUCAAAUUUUUAAAACGUGCAAUUUUUGUGUUCAAAUUUAGUUUUCUUUUUUAUGAAAAUGGAUUCAUGUGAAAAUAACAUAUAUAAGUGCCCAGAAAAUGGUUGUAACGCUAAAUAUACAAAACUAAGUAGACUAGAAAUACAUAAAAGGAAACACACUGGUGAAAGACCAUUUUUCUGUGACGUUGAAAAUUGUGAAAGGGCUUAUACAAAUAUUGCUCAUUUGAAACGACAUAAAUCUUUUGUACAUGACAAGUCAUCCGAAGUUAUGUGCACGGUUAGUGGUUGUGGACUAGUUUUUAAUAAUAAGUAUAGUUUAAAGAAACAUACAAAUCAACAUCAUAAUAUCAGUAACAGUUUGUUUAAAUGUGCACUUUGCUUGCAAGAAUUUAAAAAGAAACGACAAUUGAAAAAUCAUUUAUAUUUACAUACUGGAGGAGAGGAGCCACUCAAGUGCUCCAUCUGCAAUAUUACUUUUGAAACAGUCCAUCUGUAUAACAAGCACAAAAGCAACCACAAAACCUAUACAUGUGACUGUGGAUCUGUUUUUAACAGAUGGACAUUAUUCUGUCAACAUAGAAAAAAAUCGUGCAGCAUAAAAAAAAUAGAUCAUAAAUGUGUUAUAUGUAAUAAAGUGUUUACAACAAAAUCAAAUUUAAAAUUUCACUCAAUGUCUCACAUAGAAGAAAGUCAGAGAAAUAGUUACCGUUGUCCAUACCUAGACUGCAAUAGGAGUUACAAGUACAAGAAAAACCUGAAGUCUCAUAUUUCUGUUUAUCAUGAAAAGAAAAAUGAUGAACCUAGAAUAAAAUGUACUGAAGAAGGUUGUGAUGUAGUUUUCAAGUCAAAAAAAUAUUUAAGGCGGCACAUAUUAAACAUCCAUAAUAGAUCAACAAAAAAGAAAGAUCGCAAACCAAGGAAAGAUAAAGGCAAGAAAAAGAAAUGUAUGGCUUCGAUUUUGUCAGGUGUUCCUUUACCGAUGAAAGAACAUUCGGCUAUACUAAAUAAAUCAAAUUUAACAAGUGAUUCACAUAAUAACCAUGAAAAAAUACCAACAAAUGAUGUUUCAGAUGGAAACUGUAGAAGAAUCUAACAACUUAUUUGGUACAACUGAUGGACAAUAUUUAGUUAUACCUACAAGAAAAAUUAAAACAAAAGUUUGUAAAAAUUUCGCAAAAUAAAUCUCCAUUGUGCAG